AUAUAGGUUUUAAUUAAUAAAAAAAGGUUGUAUUUUAUUAUAUUUUAACAAAAUCAAUCGAAAGUGCGGUUGCGAAACACAUGACCGUCAAGUGAAUUGUUACCAUAGCAACCGCAUGACCAUAGGUACUCGUUGGUCACAGACGGUCACCGAGAUAACGCAAACAAUUUUUGGUGACUGCACAAGUUCCGCAAAUUGAAGCAGCGACAACGGAAGGUCACCAAACCGCUUGAGACGUUCUUUGCUUGGUUGGCAUGGAGCGCUAUGAGUCUCUGGGUCUAGUCGGAAAAGGCAGUUACGGCACAGUGCUCAAGUGCCGCCAUCGUGACUCAGGCCGCCUGGUCGCCAUCAAAAAGUUCCUGGACUCUGAUGAGGAUAAGGCAGUGAGGAAAAUUGCCCGCAGGGAGAUCCAGCUGCUCAGAAAACUAAGGCAUGACAACCUGGUGAACCUCCUGGACGUGUGGCAGCAUCGGCGUCACUGGUAUUUAGUCUUUGAAUUUGUGGAGCGCACUCUGCUGGAUGAUUUGGAGCAAAAUCUGCUAGGACUGGACCUGAACACCUGCCGGCAGUGCUUCUUCCAGAUCCUGAGGGGGGUUGCCUUCUGCCACCAACAAGAUGUCAUUCACCGUGACAUCAAACCUGAGAACGUCCUCAUCUCCAGGGGGGGCGUGGUUAAGCUGUGCGAUUUUGGCCUGGCACGCACUGUGGCCUCACCUACCGGGGGCGGAUCCUACACAGACUACGUGGCCACGCGUUGGUACCGAGCUCCUGAACUGCUGGUGGGGGACACAAAGUACAGCAAACCGGUAGAUGUGUGGGCUGCAGGCUGCUUGCUAGUUGAGAUGCUAACAGGUCAGCCUCUUUUUCCUGGAGACUCAGACCUCGACCAAAUAUACCACAUCGUGAGGUUCUUUGGUAACCUGACCGCUCAUCACCAGGAGUUAUUCCACAAGAAUCCCACAUUUUCUGGUAUCAGGCUGCCAGAACAUUCCAGUAGAAUUCCUCUGGAGCAGCACUUCUUAUUGGUGUCACCUGACGCUUUGGAUCUGGCUCAGGAAUGUCUCCAGAUGGAUCCAGAGAAACGAGUUCGGUGUUCAGAGCUGCUAGAACAUCCGCUGUUUACACGUGACGACUUCCAUGUCAGGUUUUUGGAUGAGCUGAGAGCCAGAAUCCAAAAACAGCACAGAGAGAACGCAGCACUCUCGAAAAUAAGCAAAGCCUCAAGACAAGAAAGAGACCAAGACGAUGAGCAAAGUCGGAGAGGCAAGGAUUCUAAAAACAUCCUUGGAGACAUGCAGGACAAGAAAAACAUCAGGAAGGAAGAUGACAAAGUGGUGAAAACAAAAGUCAAGCAACCUUCAAAGCAGUCUAAAACCAGUCAGAAGACCUCAAAACCGAAUGGUAUCAAAUCCCCCAAAAUAUCAGGAUCAAAGAGUAUGGAUAGUGGACCAAAGAUGGUCACCACCAUGAAAAGUAAAGCAGGAGCCACCGCAGGUCAUACAUCAAAAGACCACAUCAUGGCUUUUGAUGUCAGAAAGACCUUCAACUUGUCCUGGAACCCAACAAAGACCACCUCAAAUGUUGUUCAAACAUCCAAUCAGUACACAUCUUCUGCAAAUAGCCUUUCAAAGAAUAUCACUGUGGGCCCCUCAGCACAGUCCACAGUUCUUAAGGACAUCCACAAACUGGCCAAACCACCUUCAACUAAACCCUCACAAGAUAUCUGCCGACUUUCAAGGUGCCUUUCCACAGCUGGAGAAUUUUCAACGGACAAGAACAUGAAGCAGGGGGACCCAAUGACCAAAGCUGCUCAAAGUCACCUUCAGGUACCUCAAACAUCCAUAAUCCCACGAUCCAGAGCAACAUUCUUAUUGACUGAAGCUCCUAAAGCCAUGGUCAUGGAAACUGAGAAGACAAUAGUUGGCUCAAAUAAAGAGAACAGCUCCAGGUUUUGGGUGGGACAAGCCAGAAACACAACAAAGAGCUUUCCGGAAGCAAAGAAAGACUCAAAUGCUAUUGCAUCCACCAUUCUGGAUUCACUUUCAGUCACUGUGACACCAGAUUGCACGUCUUCCACUCGAAGCUCUCUCUUCCACUACAACAUGGAUGCCACAGAGGUUUGUGAAUUCGAAGAGGAUGCCUCCCUGGUUCCACCCCCUCAAUAUGCCCCUCAAUCAUCAACGCCCACCCUGCUCAUGCGUUGUUUGAUCAGUGGGGCUGCCAAUGAUAACCUGGAUCCAAGACCCCAACCUGUAGCACACGGUCUCUGGUGGAGGUAUCACAGUGGCCUUUACUGUCAGCCGCUUCAACAACCUCAGGGAACGCUCACCUCACAGGCAAUGGGAAACGCAGCCUUACUCCCGCUAACGCACUGCUGCAAGAACAGCUACAAGAGUGGCUGUGGAGACUCUGUUGUGCCCAAAACAAAGUCGGACGUUCAUUUCCCGGAUGUGAGGAGUUCAGUGCUGCCAGAGCUUAGAGAAAAAGAAGGGAAAUACAGCAAGGUUCUGAGGAAUGACAGAGCGCCACUUUAACCUCUCCAUCACGGACACACAGACACACGCACACACUAACUAUACAGAAUGUUGCUAAUUGUUGCUAAUUCAGACAUGAGCCAAACAAUGUGUUCCUUGUAUUUUUAUUGUAUUUACCACCUAAGCACAACAAUGAAUAUUAUGCAAACAUCAUUUUAAAACAAUUCAUUGAAAAAGUAAAACAUUGAUGGAACAUUUAAAGCACACUUGAUGCCCAUCCAUCCAUCCAUUUUCUACCACUGUUCUUCGCGUCGGCAGCAGUCUCACUGAAGAAGUCCAGACUUCC